AUGGCAGACUCUAUGAUAGAUUCAAACUCUCGUUCCAUCGCCAUAUUUGGCUCGUAUUUCGCCCUCUGUCUCGGCCUCCUUUCCCUCAUUCUCUCACGACUGAAUUUCCGAAACUUCUCGAAGGUCUCGGGGUCCUAUGUGUUCACGUCACUCGCCGUUGCGUCCUUGGGGUCGACGUGGUAUUAUAUGGUGUCCUUCUUUAUGAAGUCCUACGGAGACUGGCAGGCGUCGCAGGUGUUCAUGCCCAGCGAUGAUGGUGAGCUCCAGUUGGGCGAGUGGUUGAGCGAUGUGAAGCUAUUCCAAGAUGCGUGGGGUGCAGUAGUAGAGAGCCCUCAAAGGUGGUGGUGGAGCCAGCAGAUUUUCCUCGCAACCGCUGCGUGGAGUGUAUUCUUGGCUGCUGAAGGCUCUCGUCGGGGUAUUAAGAACCUCUGGUCAUUUAUGCUCAUUGGCCAAGUUGUUUCAGUCUCAUUCGCGUCAAACCUUUUCUUCCUUACUAUCCUCCUCAAUGAGCCCUCUCCUUCUGCCCCCGUCGAGGCACCCAAGCUCGACCCCUCGACCGUCAAGGCCAAGAGACUCCCCAACUGGCUGUACUUCACUGUCACAGUCCCCUUGGGUCUCUCAUACCUCUGUGCCUACAUGACUCCCAAAACCUUCGACUCCAGCGCAUUCCUCCCCUUCCUCCUCGUCCCGCAUGUUCUUCUCCUCGCAAUCCCAAUUGUCUUUGAACGCCUUGCAUCAAGCGGCGAACUCGCAAUCCACAUCCCCGCAAACCGAUGGAAGAGCUUCUGGAAGCCACAGUACCGCCUUUGCUCGCUGAUAUCUGUUGCUUGCCACGCGAACGCUAUCUCACAGGUCACUGCUCACGGCAUGACGGUCAAGGAUGUUGUCGUUGGUACACUUUCGGCGUUGUAUGAGCACCCAGCGGUGUCUUCGGUUGGGUGGGAUGUCAUCAUGAUGGCUGUAAGUGUCGGCACCUGGGUUGGUGUCAGGGGAAUCGAUUUCUCGAUCAAUCCUGAUGCGAAGAGAAAGGGGGGUGAUUGGAUUAAUGCGACGGCCGCGUGGAUUUAUAUGGCCCUGGGAUCGGCGGGACUGAGUGCAGUCGCUUUUGCAGGAGAGUUGGAGGAGUAG